CCAAGCCUGACGUGUGCUCGCCUUUUUUAAAAUUACUUUGAGAAUGUUCAUAUUGUUUACGAGCUCAUUAUAAAUAAACAGGUUUUUAAAUCAACAGUUCAGAAUUCAGAUACUUAUAAAUGAAUCUAUGAUCGUUAACUAGUUGUGAUAGAUUUGUAUGUCAAUCUAUUAAUAUAUUUGAGUGUUAUAAAAAAAACAUACUUGGUACACCAGUUCUAAAACAGAGAAGUGUUUUUAUAAUGACUGUGUUAAAUCCGUGGCUGGCUCGAUUAGCAAGCAUUCGUGGUGUUAUUAAACAGGUGCUGCUUGUUCUAUUGAUUAAUAUACCGAUCGUGUCAUUCGGGCUGGCCCUAGGCUGGGUGUCAUUGGCAAGUGGCGAGGCAGGGCCCGAGGCAACUCGUGAGGCAAUCAUCGCCUCAGUCACAACUUUUGUCGCCUCCCUCGUCGGAGUACCUCUCAGCGCCAGAGCCCUCGCAGCUGGAAGAAAAGUUGCGCUUAUUGCAACAUCUGCUUCUUUUGCGGUAUGUUGGUCGCUGAAAUUGGCGAGUUUGUGGGGCGGCGAGUGGUGUAUAGUCGCAGCACGAAUUGCAGCAGGGCUAGGGGGUGCUGCUGCUUGGGCACUUUCACCCCUAUUAGCAAGAGAGAUGUGUAGUGCAAGAUACCGAGGAGCAGCAGUAUCGGCGUUAGCGUUGGCACACAAUGCUGGCGUACUAAUUAUGUACCUGGCCGCAGACUCUUCCUUGACACACAGGACGGUGCUGCUAUGGUGCUUGGGGCUAUCAAUGGUGCAUUGCAUCGCAUUCACGUUUGUCCCAGAGUCCCCAUCGUUCCUUGCAGCUAAAGGAAAAAAUAAGGAGGCGCGCAUCUCUUUAGCGUGGUUUCGAAAUAUGUCAGCAGAAGACCCUGCUCUUGAGACUGAGCUAGCCUCACUUCCACCGCCUGAGAUCGAACAAACCCCCUUCAGUCUGGCAAAAGAAAUGUUGAAAGAUGUACAACGACGAAGAGCGUUUAUAAUUUGCGCAAUAGCAAUUAUAGGACAAGAGGCAUGCGGUAUUCUUGCCAUCUUCCAAUAUGCUGAACGAGUGUUUGUGUUGGCGCGUGAAGAGAUCAUAGUAUCCCAAGAAACGUCGUUUGUCGAUCAAGUACUAAACAGUACUGAGGCAACGUCGUAUCUAAUGGAUAAAGUAACACUAAGGGAAGAUUUAGCUUUGGAUACAGUGACAAUGCUGCCUAUUGCUCAUGAGUCGAUGUCUACAGAAUUGGUGACACCGGCGAGGCAUGCUGUAAUUAUAGGGGCGGUUCAGUUGGUGACGUCAGCGUUAUCGCUUUACCUUGUCGAAAGGGUUGGACGCCGGCCACUGUUAAUUUGGUGUGGAUUGCUGACGGGAAUAUCGAUGUCAAUAGCGGCAUGGUUAGUGGGUGUAAGUACCAGUGGUACAGCUAUCGCGAUCGCCGUUGCCAUCGCUGCAGACUCCGCAGGUCUUCAGCCUGCUCCAUACGCUGUCCUCGCUGACAUGUUCCACUAUCAGUACCGCGGUUGUGCUUCGAUGCUGAUAACGGCAGGCGCAUCCAUAGGAAAUGCAAUAGAAGUAGCAGUGUUUCCGGCCAUAGUAGCUGUAGGUGGACUCCGUGCAGGAUUAAUCCUCACUGCAAUUAUAACACUUUCAUAUGCAAUAUUCGCUUUCUUUGCGAUACCCGAAACUCGGGGUAGAACACCCGAAGAGAUAUACAACGUCAUCUAUCCCAUAAAAGAAACAAAAGACUGUGAAAGUGGUCAAGAAGAUUGUAGUGUCCGAAAUCGUGGGACAGGGGGCGAAACCAUUAUGGGUUUACUGGACAAGUUGUCAGCAUGGAUGGGAGGAGGAGUUACACAGGCCACAGUAUUAGUAUUGGGUUUAGAUAACAGUGGCAAGAGCUCUUUACUAAACGCUUUACGUCCUCCUGAACAACGAGCAUCCCUCACCGUGCCUACGGUUGCCCACAAGCAGGAUCAAUUCCAGAGCGGUGGUGUAUCAUUCAGUGCGUGGGAUGUAUCUGGUGCUUCACGCAUGCGAGCAUUAUGGGAACGCCACUAUCGCUAUGCUAAUGCUGUUAUCUUCGUUGUGGAUGCUGCUGACCAUCUGAGAUUAGUGGUGGCCCGCGAAGAGCUGGAGUUGAUGUUAGCGCACCCGGAUAUGUUCGGACGGCGGGUGCCUCUUCUUGUUCUGGCCAAUAAGAGCGACGCAUCCCACGCAUUGUCUGCCACCCACGUUGCUGCUGCACUGGGCUUGGAGCGUAUAGCCGAUAAGCCCUGGCACAUAUGCGCCUGCAGCGCUCUCACAGGAUCUGGACUAGCUGACGGAAUAGCGUGGCUUGCGCGCCAGCUGCGAGAGCAACGAUCAAAUAAAUGA